AUGGCCAGGUCCCCGGUUCGGGUCGUGACAAUAUAUCUCAAGGAAGUUGUUUCUGCUGCGUCUGGGGAGAAGCUAGAUGAUAUUUUUGAACUUCCAUCUGAUGACUCAAAGGAUGAUGACUUCAACCCUGAAAAUCCAGAUGUAAAAAAAAAUGAUUCCGAAGUUGAGGCCAGUUCUGAUGAAUCUACCAUUAAAGUAUGGGACUUCACAAGCUGCCAAGAAGAGCGCUCAUUAUCUGAUGGAAAAGAUAAUCUUGUUAAACUUUGGGAUGCUAAGUCAGGGGAGGAGCUUUCGUCAUUUCACGGGCAUAAGAAUAUCGUUCUCUGCAUGAAGUGGAAUCAGAAUGGUAACUGGAUCCUUUCUGCUUCCAAGGAUCAAAUUAUCAAGCUUUAUGACAUAAGGGCUAUGAAGGAUCUUGAGUCGUUCCAUGGGCAUCAGAACAUGACAUUAUUGUCCUGGCAUCCGUUUCAUGAAGAAUAUUUCGUCAGCAGAAGCUAUGAUGGUUCAAUAUUUCAUUGGCUUGUGGGGCAUGAAGCUCCUCAAGUAGAAAUUACAAAUGCACAUGAAACUGGUGUGUGGGAUCUUUCAUGGCACCCAAUUGGUUAUCUCCUUUGCAGUGGAAGCAAUGAUCAGACAACAAAUUUCUGGUGCAGAAAAAGGCCUGGCGACUCCGCUCGUGAUAAUUCAAUUUAG